AUGGCGGAGCCGGUGAGGAAACGGGGCCGACGGUCCCGAGGCGGCGGUGUCGGCCGAGGAACUCGGGGCGGCCGGGGCCGGCGCCCUGGCGCCCAGCGGUCUCCAUCCCGGCGCCCCGUGGAUUCGGUCCUUGUGGACUUGGUCAGCGACAGCGAUGAGGAAACCCUGGAGGUUUCAACGGCGCGCGGCGCCUCGGACUCGGUCGAAAUCCCGCUUCCAGAGUCCCCGGUGCCGGCCGCGCCCCGGGACGACAGCGAUAGCGGCAGCGACAGCGACAGCGAAGGGGCGCACGCACGGCCGGCUGGAGCCCCUCCGGCCCUGGUCAGGCGGCGGCGGCGGCUACUGCUGGAUCCGGGGGAGGCGCCGGUGGUUCCGGUGUACUCCGGGAAGGUGAAGAACAGCCUCCGCCUCAUCCCAGAUAACCUGCCCCUCCUGAAGCUCUGUCCACCGGGGACUGAGGAAGAGGGGGAUAUGGCAGAUUCUAGCAGUCCCCAUGCUGAGGAUCUCCCAGUUCCAGAUUCUCCCUGGAAGAAGAACCUGAGGAGUAAGGCUGAAGAAGAAAAAGAGAAAAAGACGGUGUCUCUGGCUCAGGACACCUCUCCUUUGCCCCCACCUCUGCCAAGGACCAAAAGCAGAAAACAUACUCGGGCACUCCAGAAGUUAAGGGAGGUGAACAAGCGCCUCCAGGAUCUUCGUUCCUGCCUGAGUCCCAAGCAGUGCCAGGGCCAGGACCACCUGAGCCAAGAUGAUGAGGUGGUCCUCUUGGAAGGGCCUGUUCUCCCAAGGAGUCCUCGACUCUUCCAGCUCAAAAUCCGGUGUCGUGCUGACCUUGUCAGAUUGCCCGUCACAAUGUCGGAGCCCCUACAGAGUGUGGUGGACCACAUGGCCACCCAUCUCGGGGUGUCCCCAAGCAGGAUCCUUUUGCUCUUUGGAGAGACAGAGCUGUCCCCUACCGCCACCCCCAGGACCCUAAAACUUGGAGUGGCUGACAUCAUUGACUGUGUGGUGCUAGCAAGUUCUCCAGAGGCCGCAGAGACAUCCCAGCUGCUCCAGCUGCGGGUGCAGGGGAAGGAGAAACACCAGACGCUGGAAGUCUCGCUGUCUCGAGAUUCUCCUCUCAAGACCCUCAUGUCCCACUACGAGGAGGCCAUGGGACUCUCUGGCCACAACCUCUCCUUCUUCUUUGAUGGGACCAAGCUUUCAGACAUUGUGUCCUCAAGUCAUCACAAGAAGAAAGCUAGGAGUCAGAGGCUUCAAGCCCCAGCUUGCCCCAAAUGAGACCACCAGAGGGCGCAAGAGCUGGGUCCCAGUCGAAGGUGA